AUGCCACCACAAUCAGAACCAACUCCAAGCGGCGUUGUGUUUGAAACGGACACACAGACACCGGACUUGGGUUUAGCGAAAGAUGUAUCAGUUCUGAAAAAGGCAGCUCCGAAGAAAUACGAAUACGUGUGGUUCAAUAUAUUUUGGUUCCUCUUUUUGCACAUUGGAUCCGCGUAUGGAAUAUAUCUAGCGUUGACCUCAGCCAAAUGGCAAACGAAUGUCUUUGCGUUCCUAGUUCAUUUGAUGUGUGCUAUCGGUAUUGGUGCGGGAUCUCAUCGGCUUUGGACACAUCGAUGCUUCAAAGCGAAAACACCCUUGCGUAUUGUGCUUAUGAUAUGGCAAACAAUGGGCUUUCAGGAUUGUAUAUUCGAAUGGGCUCGUGAUCAUCGCACACAUCACAAGUAUGCAGACACGGACGCUGACCCCCACAACGCUGAAAGGGGCUUAUUCUUCUCUCAUAUGGGAUGGCUGUGUUGCAAGAAGAGUCCCGAAGUAAUCGAGGGAGGUCGCCGUAUAGAUGUGACCGAUCUUUAUGAAGAUCCCGUUGUCAUGUUUCAGAAAAAACAUUACAUGAAGAUGAUGCCGUUCCUCUGCUUCGUUCUGCCAACUGUUAUUCCUGUGUAUUUUUGGGGUGAAACAUGGUUAAAUGCGUUCUUCAUUCCAACCAUUCUUCGAUAUACCUGCGGCAUAAAUGUGGUGUGGAGCGUGAAUAGCUUUUCUCAUACAUUUGGAUAUCGUCCAUAUGAUAAGUCCCUCAAUCCAAGGGACAACAUAGGAGUGUGGAUGAUUUGCGUUGAGGGAUUCCACAACUACCAUCACACUUUUCCAUGGGAUUAUCGCGCAACUGAGUUACCAUUUUAUAACAUGCUCACACCUACCGUUGUAUUCAUCGAAGCUAUGGCAAAAAUUGGACAAGCAUACGAUUUAAAAAGCGUAUCACCAGAUAUAGUAAAACAAAGAGCUCAUCGUACGGGCGACGGUACACACUACUUAUGGGGCUGGGACGACCCUGAAUUUACAGAAAAACUAAAAGAAAAAUAUGGGACCGUCCAUAAUGUCCAGAGAAAGGCUGCUUAAUUUUAAUUUUUUAGUUUAUUAUCUAUUCUACAAUAUA